AUGAAUUAUUCAAGCUACUUCUUAGCAUCCUGCCUUUGUGUCGUUUUGGGUUAUGCCAGCUGUCUUUCUCAAGGCUUUAUAACAGGAGAACUAAGAAUUCUUAGGGAAUACUUUAAUGAAAGUACAUCUGAGGUAUCUGAUGAUGGGCCUCUUUUCUUAAACAUGAUGGACCGCUGGAAAGAGGAGAGUGACAAGAAUAUCCUAAUGAGUCAAAUUGUCACGGUUUAUUUCAAAAUCUUUGAAGCCUUCAAGAACAACAGCAGCAUUCAAAGCAGCCUGCAGAAAAUCAAAAUCGCAAUGCUCAACACAUUAUUCAACAGCAAUUCCAGCAAAGAGAAUGACUUUACAGCGGUCAUCAAUACCCAGGUGAAUGACCUCAAAGUCCAAAGGAAAGCUAUAUUUGAACUACCCCGUUUCAUGAAUGACCUCUCAGCCAAAAAUCAUGUAAGAAGGAGAAAAAGAAGACAGAACAGAAACCAAGGAGAACUUAAACAGUAG